AUGUGCAAGGGGCGACCAGUUCUGACGCAGGCCGAGCUUCCAAGGAAGGAGCUCCUGACGAAACCUCCGAGGGUUUGGAAGCAAGGAAGGGAGAGAGAGGAAGGAAGAGGCCUUACGAAGGGGCUACUUAAAGAGAUCGCUUCUCUCGACGAAACCUCCGAGGGUUUGGAAGCAAGAAAGGGAGAGAGAGGAAGGAAGAGACCUUAUGAAGGGGCUACUUCCUCCAUUGAUCGCGGCGAGUCGCCGGCUGUAGGACAAGAAGGCGCUACAAGGGGUUCUGCCGAGUCUGACCAUUCCGAAGCGGCGCCUGAAGAUCGUCCCAGAAAGAAGAAGAAGAAGAAGUCCGUUGAGGCAGAGCCGCGUCCCUCUGAUGCGGAGACGGGCCUCGUCGAAGUUGUCGCGGGAGGCGACGUUUCUCUUGAAACCCCUCCUGAGGAGAGAGAGGUCUCAGCGCGGGGCAGUGAUCCUGUUACGGGUGAGAGAUCUAUUCCCGAUCCGUCUGCGAGGAAAGGGUCUCGUUCAGAGGGUUCUACUGCGGCGCCGGCUGUAGGACGAGAAGGCGCUACAAGGGGUUCUGCCGAGUCUGACCAUUCCGAAGCGGCGCCUGAAGAUCGUCCCAGAAAGAAGAAGAAGAAGAAGUCCGUUGAGGCAGAGCCGCAUCCUUCUGAUGCGGAGACGGGCCUUGUCGAAGUUUUCGCGGGAGAAGACGUUUCUCUUGAAACCCCUCCUGAGGAGAGAGAGGUCUCAGCGCGGGGCAGUGAUCCUGUUACGGGCGAGAGAUCUAUUCCCGAUCCGUUUGCGAGGAAAGGGUCUCGUUCAGAUCGAUUCGAAGAACUGGAGGGCGAGCUUAAGUCUUCCAGCGCGGCGAGGAAAGAGCUCGUUCAAGAGAAAAGUCAUUUGGAGAAAACGGCUGCGAACCUGGAGAAGGAGAAGACCGAGCUAGUCGAAGAGAGAGAUGCCGCGGUAGACAAACUAAUCAGGGAGAGGCAACGCUUGAGGGACUCCCGGGGUUUGGAGGUUACUCGUGAGAGGGAAAGAGUCGAGGCUGCUAUGGCUGAGAAGGCAAGUCGCCGUUUUGAUCGCGUGCGCAACCAUUUUACUCGUCUGGAGGCUUUUGAGAAGGCGGAGAACCUGUAUGGUCAAGCUUCGGGAACGAAGAAGCGCCUCGAGGUUAUAAAGGCGAGUGGGACGGAGAUCCCCCAAGAAAUGAUCGAUGUCUUCGCUGAGCAGGAGAAACUUUAUGAGGCGGAGGACAGGUUCAGAACGUCAUUCGAUCCCUAUGGGUCGAACGUAAAUUUGAUCGGGCCAGAGACGGAUUCUCGGCUCGUUACCUCGCUCGAAGUUGUUGAGGAGCCGUCAGAGGAGGCACUUGUUGAUGUCACGUCUGUCCCCACCAAACCUGUCAAGUCCCCGGUGGGAAGCGGUUUUGAUGAGCGCCCAGAGAAUGAGAAUUUGAAGGGGUUUCCUGGAAAGGACGGCCUCGAGAUAGGCGACACUCUGGUUCGAGAGGGAGAGACCGAGAACGUGGGUGUCGAGGAUCCUGUGCUCGUCUCGGAUUCUUCCUCCGAAGGAUGA